AAGACGCCGAGGCGAAAUUGAACGAAAAUUUGGGAACGGAAACAGUGCAGACAGGUGAAUAAUAUUUAGACAAAGAUAUAUCUGCUUUCUUGGGGUGCUGCUAGCGUAAUACAAUUGAUAUGUGCAGUGUUUGAUUGGUGAAUAGAUAUGCCCGAAAAUAGGUCCCCGAUCCAACAGUGGGCUCAGGUCAAAAAGUGAAUCUAAAUUGUCAGGGGCUCUCGCGGAUGGGCGUGCCGCUGUAUGUGCGAUAUCAUUCGAAUUUGGAAACGGCUUAUGUGCGAGCGGCAUUUCAUGUGUGCGUGUGUGUAGUCGUUGCGGUCAAUCAAAAAGAAGAUGAGGAUGGCAACCGAAACCGAAACGGCAACAAUUCAUACAAAUGGAGGGCUGGAAACGGUAUCCGAAGAGGAGGGCAUGAAGCCGCGCCCGGCCGACAUCGAGGCGGACAUGCGAGAGAUGGAACGACGUAAGCGCGUGGAAUCAAUCAUGAACUCGCGCCUGUUCCGUGAGGAACUGGAACGAAUCGUGGACGGUCAGAUGCGCGAGGGAUCAUCGACGAUACUGCAACAACUUUCCGACAUCAUGGGCAUGCCGGCGGCUCGCAUUGGUAGCGUAUUCAAAAGCUCCAAUUGCGUAGUGCCGAUCAACGACAUUCGUGGCGUAGAGUCGAUGGGUUACGAAAAGGGGGAAAAGAUCCUUCGCUGCAAGCUUGCGGCCACAUUUAGGCUGAUGGAUCUGUUUGGCUGGACGCAAGGAAUCGCGUGCCAGAUAACGGCACGCCUCAAUGCCGACCAGGAACUGUUCCUCGUCAACCCCUACGGUAUGCUGUUUCAUGAGGUUACUGCUUCUUCGCUGAACAAGGUGAACAUGCAGGGGCAGAUCGUCGAACAUGGCACUACUAAUUUCGGGAUCAACAAUAAUCAGUUCACCCUCCACUCCGUUAUACAUGCUGCCAGACCGGACAUUCGUUGUGCAAUAUAUGUAGCUUACAGUGCCGUAACCGCCAUAUCGGCAUUAAAGCAAGGAUUGCAACCGCUCACGAAGCACACUGCCCUCUUGGGAGAAAUAGCCUUCCACACGUAUGCCGGAGCCUUGAACGAACCGGAAGAGAAGGAUAAACUGUUGCGCAGCCUGGGACCAGUUUCCAAGGUAUUGCUGCUUUCCAAUCACGGAGCGUUGUGUUGUGGAGAAACUAUUGAAGAAGCGUUCUAUCAUGUCACCCAUAUGGUGCAUGCCUGCGAAGCUCAGUUGAAAUUGUUGCCUGUUGGUUUGGAAAACUUGAUUUUGAUCCCGGAGGAAACCCGUAAAGCUAUCUACGAUGCUGCUCGCAAACCAUCGGGCGAGGGACAGGAGGCAGCAUCAGCUCAAACGGCGGAUAAUAAGGAGGGACAACUUACUAAGACCCCGAAGUGGCGUGUUGGGGGUUCCGAGUUUGAAGCCCUUAUGCGAAUGCUCGAUAACGCCGGCUUCCGUACCGGUUACAUCUUCCGCAAUCCGUUGAUAAAGGGCGAUGUUCCAAAACCACGCAACGACAUUGAGGUACCACCAGCUGUGUCAUCAUUAGGCUAUUUAAUCGAAGAAGAGGAGCUGUUCAAGCAAGGCAUUUGGCGUAAGGGUGAUCCGCGUAAGGUUGGAGAUCGCACUCGUUGGCUGAAUUCGCCUAAUGUGUACCAGAAGGUGGAGGUGCUAGAAACUGGUACACCAGACCCGAAGAAGAUUACCAAGUGGGUCGCCGAACCGUCUCCGACGCACUCGUCGACACCUGUUAAAAUCGAACAUGCCCAUCAGUUUGUGCCGACAAACACGAACCCGCGGGAAUUCAAAAGAAUUCAGCAACAGAUAAAAGAUAAUCGCCGAGCCGAUAAAAUAUCGGCUGGACCACAGUCCCACAUUCUGGAAGGAGUUUCGUGGGAUGAGGCAAACCGGCUGAAAGAUGCCAAUGUUUCGGCCGCUGGAGAUCAUGUAGUACUAAUGGGUGCCGCUUCUAAGGGUAUUAUUCAACGUGGCUACCAGCACAAUGCCACUGUCUACAAGGCACCGUACGCGAAAAAUCCAUUCGACUCCGUAACUGACGACGAGCUGAACGAAUACAAAAAAACGGUCGAAAAGAAGCGACAUGGUGACGGCACGGAUACUGAUUUCUCCGAAUCGGAAGCACUGAGCUCAUUGCAGAUCAGCGGCCCUGCCAAGGGCGCCUCGCUCGUCAGCCCGCCUAGCCAGUCGGAGCAGGAAGACACAACAGCAGAACAUCACGUCCUAAGAAUAGAAACUAAGCAAGCGCCCAAACCAAGCCAGCCAGAGGUGGUACUAAGCGAUGGCGAACAAGUACAAAAUGGCGAACAAUCCGAUGCACACAUGAGCACAUUUUCCCACAGCAGCAAAGAGGAUAUUUCAACCGAUGGAUCCCCCAAGAAGGACAAAAAGAAGAAGAAAGGAUUGCGAACGCCGUCGUUCUUGAAAAAGCGAAAGGACAAGAAACGCGUUGAGUCCUAAACACACUCGACCAACAUCACUAUGCAGACAGCAGGAUAGUUUUUUUUCAGCAAACCUUUUUCCUAAUCAAUUGGAAGUACAGCAGCGGGCGUACCCUCGCUUGUCAAAUUAGAACAAGGAGCAGAUGCAUCCAUCACACGAUUUCCUGAACGUGAGCCGAACCCCGCUCGACUCGAUACAAAUGCCCAUUAUUAUACCCUUGUAGUAUGUAAGUUUUUUCAAAAGAAAACAAAUUGUAUUUUGUUUUCUUGAGUUUAUUGUUUACAUUUUAUAUUCCCGUAUUGUUUGUUGAAGCCUAUUCUCCUUGAGCCUAGGAUUUAUAAUGCGAAAAUACCGCUGACGCUAAGUAAUUCGAUGAUCGUAACGAAUGAUGAUUUAAACAGAGAAAACAGUUAAACUCUAGCCAAGGAGACAGUGUAAAAUGUAUGGACAAGUGCUGAUUAAAAGUAUACAGAUUUUGAGUUAGCAAACGUAAGUGAAUAUUAAUACUAUUUAUGUAUCGACGCAGUUUGCAGGAUUUAGUUACAUAUUUAUGUUUUUUUUUUUGGGCAAUGAAUAAGAACAUCGCGAGUCAACCAAGGGUACAAAAAAUGACAAAUCGCACAUACUGUUUUGUUAUUUAGUAAGGGUCGGCAUUGAAUCGGUGUGGCAAUACUAUCAAAUAAUUCAAUUAUUGGAUAUUAAUGUCAAUGCAACCGGAAAACCAAUGGCUUUCGUCAACUGCUCUGCUCAUCUGUUUAUCAUCCUGCCGUAAAAUGUUAAUGCGAACAUGCAAUCGCCGAAAUGAUGUACGACGUUUUUUUUUUCUUUUUUAUUUAACUACUACAACAUUACUCAUUAACUGAAAUGUAGUCACUGAUCUAGCCUAAAAUCAGUCCGAACACAGAUCCAUUGAAUUUUUUUCCCAUUGUCAGUGGCAAUGAAAUCACAUAACAGUGGACAAUGAGCUAUUCAUAAUAUUAAACAAUGACCGGAAAAAAAGAAACAUGCCAGCUUAUUCAUCGUAAAUGAAUGACGAAAGCAAAGAAGUACGAUAAAUCGAAGUUGAUAUACUGAAGAAGAAGAAAAAAAAAUAACGAGAAAAAACAUGGAGGGAUUCGAGAAAGACGAAAAAUUCGCGAAAACUAAGGUUUUAUUAUAAAAUCAAAAACACCCCGCUAAUAGCUUCCUACAAUUUGCAUCUUUAUCGGCGCUGCAAUAUGCGACGCAAUACUGCAUCAUUGUCACCCUUCAAACAAGCUGUGUGUGUGUGUGUGUGCGCGCGUGAGAAAACGAAAGAAACGUUUGUAAUGAGACGAAAACUUGGAAGGGGCGUGAUAGAAAUGAAAAUCAUAACGAACAAGACGUUACAUUUAUAGCUAAAAGUCAGUUGAACAGGAUAUCCCUCAAGUUGUUGAAAGUGGAGAAUUAGAACGUGGAUGAUGCGCAUUUGCAUUGCAUACUCUGAUUGCAUAAAUAGCUUCUUACUACCGA